AGAGGAAAAUACCAAGUGGGUAACAACUUUGUUCCAAGAAUGAGCCAGUAGAAGGAAGCCACGUGGAAUGCUGCUUCUCUUGUCCUUGUUCGUUGACACAAAAGCACAAUUUCCAAAGACAUAAACUUGGACACCAGAAUAAGGGCAAUAACACAAACCCCACACUUAGCUUUUCCACCUUUCUCAUUCUUUGUUGGCCGUGGAAGGAAGCCAAUAGGCAUCGUGGAGAUAGAUAGAGAUUCUCAAAUGCAUAUAACAACAAAGACAAUUCGAGCAGUCAUAUUCACCACACUUCUAUCAUUCAUCAACCAGCAUAAAUAAGAGUUGAGGAAUUUGUUUUUUUAUAGAGCCAAGUAUAAUAGCAAGCUAGCUCAGCUGUAUUCUCAACUGAUGGAGCGUUAUGAGAUAUUGAGAGAUAUUGGGUCUGGAAACUUUGGUGUAGCUAAGCUUGUUAGAGAUAAAUGGAGUGGUGAACUUUAUGCUGUCAAGUAUAUUGAGAGAGGCCUAAAGAUUGAUGAGCAUGUUCAGAGAGAAAUCAUGAACCAUAGGUCACUGAAGCAUCCCAACAUAAUAAGAUUCAAAGAGGUAUUUCUCACACCAACUCAUUUAGCCAUAGUCAUGGAAUAUGCAGCUGGAGGAGAACUUUUUGAGAGAAUAUGCAAUGCUGGGAGAUUCAGUGAAGAUGAGGCAAGAUUUUUCUUUCAACAACUCAUAUCGGGAGUUAGCUAUUGCCAUUCUAUGCAAAUUUGCCACAGAGACCUUAAGCUGGAAAAUACACUAUUAGAUGGAAGCUCAGCACCGCGCCUUAAGAUAUGUGAUUUUGGCUAUUCUAAGUCUUCUGUAUUGCAUUCUCAACCCAAGUCUACAGUAGGAACACCUGCCUACAUUGCACCAGAGGUCUUAUCAAGAAAAGAAUAUGAUGGGAAGAUUGCAGAUGUUUGGUCUUGUGGGGUUACCUUAUAUGUGAUGCUGGUUGGAGCUUAUCCAUUUGAAGAUCCUGAAGAUCCAAGAAACUUCAGAAAAACUAUUCAGAGGAUUCUUAGUGUACACUACUCAAUUCCAGACUAUGUUAGAGUUACCACGGAAUGUAAACAUCUUUUAUCUCGGAUUUUUGUAGCUGACCCUGAAAAGGACUUGCCUAUAGAAUUCAUGGAAGAAGGGGAUGGUGGCCUGCAAAAUGCUGAUAAUGGUGAAGAAUCACAAAGCAUUGAAGAAAUAUUGGCCAUAAUUCAAGAGGCAAGGAAACCUGCAGAUGGGCUCAAACUCGGUGGACAUUUAAUUGGAGGGAGUAUGGAUCUCGAUGACAUAGAUGAUGCUGACAUAGAUGAUAUAGAGACAAGUGGUGAUUUUGUUUGUGCAUUGUGAUUCAAAUUUGAAGCAUAAGGAGUUUUGCUAGCCAAUAUUGGUGAAAAUGGCAGUUUAAGGAUAAUGCCAUUGUUUUCAUGUAUAGGAGGGAUGUGGGUGAUGUUGAUUUUACUUAGUAUGAAGGUUUGUGCUUUUUUUUUUUUUUUUUGUUUUGUUUGCAAUUAGUGUUUUGGUUGGUGUACAAAGGUACAAUUGGUGGAAUAUAUGUAUGCUGCUUCUUUAGUUUUCUAA